AUGGUUCUCACAAUGUGGUCCAUCAGAGCACACGGUGAAGAAAUUGAUCCCAACCAAAUUUAUGUUGGACAUCCCACCAUGUUCAAUAUUGAACUUCAUCAUGGUGGGAAGUUCAUAAAGUUUCCAGGCAUCAAGUAUAUUGAAGGGGUUGUAGCAUACAUUGACGUGGUCGAUAUAGAAGAAUUCUCAGUACACGAGAUGGACUUCAUCAUGUUAGAUUUAGGGUAUGUUGUUCCACAUGUCAUCUACUACCAUUUCCGUUUGCCUAAUGAGGGUUUGGAUUUUGGACUAAGAGCUCUAGGUAAUGAUGAUGAUGAUGUACGUAACCUAUCAAAAUAUGUGAGUGAGAACAAACUGAUAAAAGUGUACACAGAGCAUGGAGAAACAACGUUAGUUACCUAUUUCAUGUACCCAAAUGGUCGUAGAAGGUUUAUAACAGAAGAGAUAAAAGAUGAGGAACCACCUCAGCCCAUAUCCUUUAUUGUUGGUCCUCACUUGGUGGAAUCUGAAGUUUGUAAGGGUAAAGUAGGGUUGACCUUGGCAAGGUAUGGGUCUUUCACACCUGAGUUGAGUAGGGGUAGAGGUUGGAAACCUAUCCAAGGUAGCUCAUCAUGUAAUAAAAAGCUUUGCUUGGAUUGGGUAGACAAUAGAGGAAUAUAUGUUGUUGAAGGUGAUCAAGUUGACCUUGUAACUGCCACUGCUGAUUUAGAAAUGGUUGAAAAAUUAGUGAAUGAAGGUCUAGAAGAGGGGCAACCUAUUAAGAGGAAAUGUUGGAAGAUUUUGACCCUCUUCUACGGGGUUGAAUUUAAUGAAAGUAGUCCAAAAAAAUCAUCCAACAUAGCUGAUGUAGAUGCAAGUAGUGAUGAUGAUUCAGAGAGCAGUGAAGACAGCAGUGAAGAUAUUGACUUUAUCGUUGAUGAAGAUAACCUAAUUCCAUAUAUUGAAGUAGACAUGGAGAAUUUUCACAUGAGUAUAGACACGGAUGCAGAGUAUUUAAGGAGUGAGUAUAAGUUUCAUGAGUGCAAUGAUGUUCAAGAGGAAGUAGAGGAUAUAGAGGUUCUUAAAAAUGAUGAAUGGGAUUCUCUGGGUGAAGAUUCAGACAAUGAUAGGAAAAGAAGGGAAGUUAUCAAACAGUUAGGCAAGGAGAGAGUGUGUUCUCAUGGUGAAGUGCACAAGGUGGCCUUCCAUGUAGGACGAAAUAUACUCGAAGAGCCAUCCAUCUUCAAGAAUUGGGGACUUACAGAACAUUUUACGUGGUCCACGUAUACUCGAAGAGUCGUCCGCAUGUUUAUAUAA